AUGGAGGAUUUGAAACCCACCGAAUCAAGCCCUCCUUCUGGGAGAAGAUACAAACCAUGGCGAGAGAAGACUGGUCGCUGGAUACUCGCGCUCUUGGCAGCUGUCGUUAUUGUUAAAUCUUGGAUUGAUUUCGUUCCUGUGGAGAAGCGGCGGGAUCCGGAUCCUUCCUCCACAGUAACCUUCAGGUGGGAAGAAGUGCAGCCCUCGGAGACGUUGUAUUAUUACGACUGUGGAAAUGGCUUUCAGUGUGCUCGCCUUGAGGUGCCUAUGGAUUAUGAAUGUUUAGAAAGCCAAGCGCGACAAUUCGUGUUGGCAAUAGUGAAAGUUCCUGCCAAGGUGCCUGUCGGAGACCCUCGUUACGGUGGUGCCAUGUUAAUUAACCCAGGUGGUCCGGGGGGUUCUGGAGCUUUGCAAGCGUUGCUGUCAGGACGCCAUCUCCAGACAAUUGUCGAUGCAGAGAACGACCCGUCCUCGGGGCUGGGUGGCCCCGAUGACAAGUAUUUCGACAUUAUAGGGUUUGAUCCCCGCGGUGUCGGACAAACAACACCGGCCGUAACAUGUUUCCCCGAUUCGACUUCUCAGCGAAAUUGGGAAUUGGCAGUCGAGGCUGAGGGAUUGAUCGGGAGCAGCGAAGAUGCACUGCGAAGAAGCUGGCAGCGAACCCAGGCGCUGAAUUUAGGCUGCUCUGUGCACGAGAUGAAUGAUAUUCAACAAAAUGCGUCAAUGAUGGCCUACGUCAAUACACCACUUGUUGCACGAGAUAUGCUCACCAUCGUUGAACGUCAUGGGGAGUGGCGUGAAAGGGAAGGUCUCAAGGCACAAGAAGCGCAUGACAGCUGUCAUGGCUAUGACACUACGCGCUCAAUUGCCAAACGUACAGAAUGGCGCGAGGGUCAAGAACCGCUCUUGUACUGGGGUAGAUCUUACGGCACGGUCCUAGGCACAACAUUUGCAGCGCUUUUCCCAGAUCGAGUAUCUCGGGCUGUGCUCGACGGGGUUGUAAAUAUGGAUAAGUAUUACGAAGAUAGAGGGCCGAGCGUCAUCAUUGACGCUGAUGCUAUAUUCGACCGCUUCGGUCUCUAUUGUGAUGCCGUCGGCCCAGACGAGUGCCCCUUCUUUGUCGUUGGAGGCUCAUCCGCAAUCCAGGACGCGUACUGGACGCUUGAAAAUCAAAUUCUCAAUAGCUCCAUCCCGGUUAUGGCAUCCGCGACCCGGGGUCCCGAGGUCAUAACCUGGACAGACGUGAAAGCCAUUCUCCGCAUAGCAGUGUACCAGCCACUGCUUGCUUUCCCUGUAUUGGCGGAGAAGAUCGGCGCACUUGCUAAUGGGAAUCCGGUCCCCAUGGCGGAUUUUAAGCGUGGUCGGCACUUCAGUACGUGUCCAUCAAACGAAUGCAGCAUGAUGGGUCCGUGGUCUCCACAGUGCACCCAAGGGCAGGAUAAUACGCUUUAUGCGAUGUCAGCUAUCUUAUGUACUGAUGCUGAAUUUCUGGUUGACAAGACUUUGGAGAGCUUCGCAGAGAUGUGGAUGGAUCUCAAGGCUGAUAGCCAAACGUUGGGGGAUUAUUGGGCUCAGAUGCUACUCUCCUGUGCAGGAUGGAAAGCAAAGGCAAAAUAUAAGUUUACAGGACCAUGGGAUGGCAUCGUCACAUCACAUCCGAUGUUGUUUGUUUCAAAUACUCUAGAUCCAGUGACGCCCUUGUAUAAUGCUCAACAUAUGUCGGAUAAAUUUCCCGGCUCUGCCUUGCUUCAGCAGGAUUCUGAAGGGCACACCACGCUUGCCGCACCAUCCAUGUGCAUAGCAAAAUUGAUCCGGACUUACUUCCAAACAGGUGAUCUUCCUGACGUUGGAACACUAUGUCUGGCUGAUUUAAAGCCAAUGGUGGGACAUGUCGACCAAAUGCCUAUAACCACUCAAAGUAUGACUGCUGCCGAUCGGAAGCUAUUUGAUGCUUUGAUUGCAGAGACUAAGCAAGGAUAUCUUGCUCUCUGA